CAAAUCUAAAUCAAAUUAUAGUUUAAGGAUCCUUUAGGACAUUUUGCUCCAGCUAUGACAGACUCGGACGAGACCGCCUGGAUCCAUUGGUUCUGCAGGCAGCGCGGAAACGAGUUCUUCGCAAUGGUGGACGAGGACUACAUCCACGACAAGUUCAACCUCAACUUCCUGGACACGGACGUAAACAACUAUCGCUGCGCCCUCGAGGUGAUCCUCGACCUGAACAAUGGCUCCGGCUCCGAUAAUGUGACCGAUGCUGAUGUGGAGGCCAGCGCCGAGAAGCUGUACGGCCUGAUCCACGCCCGCUUCAUCCUCACCAAUCGCGGCAUCGACUUGAUGCUCGAGAAGUUCCAGAAGGGCGUCUUUGGCACAUGCCCGCGCGUCUUCUGUCAGCGCCAGCAUGUGCUGCCCAUCGGCCUGAGCGACAAUCCCGGUGACGAAAUGGUGCGUCUGUACUGUCCCAAGUGUAGCGAUGUCUACCUUCCGAGGUCCGCUCGGCACGCCAACCUGGACGGCGCCUUCUUCGGCACUGGCUUCCCCCACAUGCUCUUCAUGGUCAAUCCGGAGCUGCGACCCAAGCGAGCAAAGGCCAAGUUUGUGCCCAGACUGUAUGGCUUCAAGAUCCAUCAGCUUGCAUAUCGCUCUGAGUCGCAAGGAAAUCAAAAGGACUUGCAGGAAGUUGAGACCUAGAUGUGCCGCAUGUCUGAUCACACUAACUAAAUUCCCCUUUUUGUUUGUGCUUUCUGUUCAUCUGUCUACCUACCCCAUUAAACUCCCAUAAUCAUAA